CCCGGUGCUCCGCCCCUGCUCCGCCCCCGCACCACAGGCCCUCAGCGGGUCACACAGCAACAUGAUGGCGCCUGGAGGAGCCCUAGCUUCGGUCCAGUCGUAGUGUAAAGGACCGGUGUUGACCCGGCAGGAUGAACCCCUGCGCCCAGUAUCUGCGCCAGGCGGAGGCCCUGAAGGCUGACAUGACAGACUCAAAGCUGGGGGCAGCAGAGGUGUGGACGUCCCGCCAGGCGCUGCAGGAUCUCUACCAGAAGAUGCUGGUGACGGACCUGGAGUACGCUCUGGACAAGAAGGUGGAGCAGGACCUGUGGAACCACGCCUUUAAGAACCAGAUUACCACCCUGCAGAGCCAGGCCAAGAACCGGGCCAACCCCAACCGGAGCGAGGUCCAGGCCAACCUGUCGCUGUUCCUGGAGGCCGCCAGCGGCUUCUACACUCAGCUGCUCCAGGAGCUCUGCACCGUCUUUAACGUAGACCUGCCCUGCCGCGUCCGGUCGUCUCAGCUCGGCAUCAUCAGCAGCAAGCAGAGCGGCGGCGGCGGCGGCAUCAUCACGCCUCAGCCCAGCUCCUGCUCCUACAUCUGCCAGCACUGCCUGGUCCACCUGGGAGACAUCGCUCGCUACCGGAACCAGACCAGCCAGGCAGAGUCGUACUACAGACACGCAGCCCAGCUGGUUCCAUCCAACGGUCAGCCCUACAACCAGCUGGCCAUCCUGGCCUCCUCCAAAGGAGACCACCUCACCACCAUCUUCUACUAUUGCCGCAGCAUCGCCGUCAAGUUCCCCUUCCCUGCAGCCUCCACCAACCUGCAGAAGGCUUUGUCCAAGGCGCUGGAAAGCCGCGAUGAGGUCCGAACCAAGUGGAGCGUCUCUGAUUUCAUCAAAGCCUUCAUCAAGUUCCACGGCCACGUCUAUCUGAGCAAGAGCCUGGAUAAACUGGACCCCCUGAGGGAGAAGCUGGAGGAGCAGUUUCAGAGGCUGAUCCUGCAGAAAGCCUUCAGCUCCCAGCAGCUGGUCCACAUCACCGUCAUCAACCUGUUCGAGCUGCAUCACCUCAGAGACCUGACGGCCGACGGCGGCGAGCCCGGCUGCAGCGGCGAGCAGCAGCUCAGCUGGUUCCAGCUGCUCGGACUCUUCGUGUCCUUCCUGGGAGUGAUGUGCAGCCGGGUUCUGCUCGACAAGAACCGAGGGGAGGAGCUGAUGGGGGAGUGUCCUCUGCCGGCCAUCAAGCUGUCCUUGGAUUGGCUCAAACUGCGGAGCAGCAUCUUCCAGGAAGCGGCCGUGGAGAACAGGAAGUACAUCUGGCCGUGGCUGGUGUCCAUCCUCAACAGCUUCCAGCCCAGAGAGGAAGACCUCUCCUCCUCCUCUUCCUCCUCAGUGCUGCCGCUGCCAGAGGAGUUUGAGCUGCAGGGUUUCCUGGCGCUGCGACCGGCUCUCAGGUGUUUGGACUUCACCAGAGGUCACCAGGGCAUCCUUCUGGAUCGGGAGGGGCUGCCGCUGCACGCUCGCCACCAGCGGCUGAUCGCUCUGGGGAAAUGGAUGGCCGACAACCAGCCGGGGCUGAUCCGGUGCCGAGUCAACGAAGACGGGCUCCUCCUCUUCCUCACCGACAUUCCAGAGGAGGCCAUCCCGGAGCCUCAGGAGAAGGAGGCCCCGGUGCUGCAGGAGUCGUCCAACGGUGAGCAGAGCCAGAACGACGGCGGCACUGCGGGCCUGAAGUCGGUUCUGUCUGCCGGGAAGACGCAGAGCUCGUGGUCGGACAGCGGCGAGCGGCCCGUCGUCACCUUCAAGGAGAACAUCAAGCCCAGAGAGCAGAGCCAGGAGCCCGCCAGGAACCUCCCACUGAAAGACCUCGGCAAGGAGCGCCGCGACUUAUGCAAGGGCAACGGGACCGCCGCCGGCACCGCCGCCGCCAUCGGGAAAGGAGAGCCCAAGAGGGACGGGAAGAGGAAGAGCGAGAUGAAGAAGGCCGGCCACGAGAAGACGGCUGAUGUAGGCAAACAGGUGAAGGCUCAGACGGAGCUGAGGAAGACUCCGGUCUCUGAGGCCAAGAAGACUCCGCCCACCCAGACUCAGACCACCUGCUCGUCCCAGUUCAUCCCCAUCCAUCAUCCCGGAGCGUUCCCCCCGCUGCCCAGCAGACCCGGUUUCCCCCCCUCGGCCUAUGUCAUCCCCCCCCCUGUGGCGUUCCCAGGCCUGCAGGUGAGUCCAGGCUUCACCUUCCCCGCCGGAGUCUCGGUCCCCGCUCCUUUCCUCCAGUCUGCGGUCCACGGCGGGGCGGGCGGCCAGGCUGGGAAGCAGUCCCACAUUCCCUACAGCCAGCAGAGACCGUCGGGGCCCGGCUCGGCGGGCCAGGGCCCGGGGCCCCUCAACCAGGUGCCCUCCCAGGCUCAGCAGCAGCAGCCGUCCCCCCAGCAGGCCCUGCAGCAGUCGGUGCAGCUGCAGGUCCAGGCCCUCAAUCAGCAGCAGCAGUCGCCCACCAAACCGGUGCAGCAGGGGGGGAUGGGUAAGAGCCCGCCCCACCACCCGGGCCUGCAGCAGUACAUCCAGGACCAGACGGCCCCCAUGUGGAACCAGUCCCAGGCGGCGCUGCAGAAGAUGUCCCCCCUGCAGAUGUCCAUGAAGCAGCAGCAGGCGUUCUUCCUGGGGGGCCAGGACCCCCUGAAGCUGUACGAGCAGCAGCUGCAGCCUCAGAUCUCCAACAUGGACAAGAAGAUGAAGUUCCCUGACGUGAAGAUCCAGGACUUCUACUGGGAGCCGUCGUACCGGAUGGAGCGGACGGCGGAGGGGCUGGCCAUGAUGGGGGACAGGAUGAAGAGGCCUCCUCCUGGUGGGAUGUGUGUGGAGCAGGAGGUCCCUAGGGGGCCCCGAGGAGCCCCAUUCGAGGACAAGAGCUCGCCUUUCCUUCCUCCUGACCUGUUAAAAACUCUAGCAGACUUUGAGGAGGACGAGGAGCUGAUCUUUGCUAAGCCUCCUGAUUUCUUCCAGGCGCUGGCCGGCCCCCUUAGCUCUGCUCCUGGACCCAAUAUCUUUCUGCCAAACCAGAGCAGGAUGGAGAGCAGCCAGGAGGCGGUGGGCCAGCCGUCGUCUCUGCUGGCCAUCAGCGGCUUCCCAGUGCAGGAGUUUAACCACAGCAGCAUCUUCAGCCAGGCCUACGGGAAGAACCUGCCACCCAGCUCCAAACCCGACUCUCCCAUGAUGCAACAGGAGCCCUCCCUCUACUCGCUGUUCCAGGGGAACCCCUGGUCCCCCUCCCUCCCUGCCAGCUCAGACCACUCCACCCCAGCCAGCCAGUCCCCCCACUCCUCCAACCCCAGCAGCCUGCCCUCCUCCCCUCCCACCCACAGCCACGGAGCCGUGCCCUUCUCCAACUUUGGCCCCAUUGGAACCCCAGACAGCCGAGACCGGCGGGUCGUGGACCGCUGGAAAGCUGAGAAACCAGGAAGUGGCUUUGGUCUGGACUACCUCACAGCUGCAGCGUCCUCCUCAGGCCCUGAGCCCAGUUGGCACCAGGGCGGUUCCACAGGGAGUUCCUGGACCAAUCAGGAGUCUCCGAUGGACGAGUCGUCCUCCACUGUGCUGCUUGACAGCCUGAAGUCCAUCUGGUCCAGCUCCAUGAUGCAGCCGGGCCCGUCGGCGCUGGAGCAGCUCCUUCUGCAGCAGAAGCAGAAGCAGCAGAGAGGCCACGGCGCCAUGAACCCGCCUCACUGAAGCGCAGCGCCAGGCGGCGCUUUGUGUCCGGACGAACCACCACCAGGAGGAACGGAGGAAAAAAAACACAAAUCAAUUAAACCGGCGAGAACCGGUGGAGGCCGGGGAGGCGAGGCAACCCCCCGAUGAGGCUCAAUCACACCCCCACCCCCACACCCCCCUCGGCUGUUCGAGGAGCGGCGACGCCCCUCCUGGAUCGGAGGGAGCGGGAUCUCUUGAACGGCGGCGCCGCGCUGCCGCCGUGUUUCCUUCAACCGGCUGAACUUUGAGGAACCCCCCCACCCCAACCAACACCCCGACCCCCGAACUCAGAACACCUGGACACCUCCACCUUUCUUCUUCAUGGGAACAAGGAGGACGUCACUCUGAGGACGGGGUGGUUUAACAGGGAGGGGGGGCAGGUGGAGCGCAGGGGGCGGGACUUUCUGAUCUCCUUUCAUUUUCAUCGGAGUGGGAGGAAGAGGAGGAGGAGGAAGGUUUUAAAUACCUACUGAUCAUAUAUGGGCUUAGUUGGACCGGGGGAGGCUGGUGGACGGGACGGGACCUCCCAGCUGCAGACCGCAGGAGGUCGUGGGUCAGAAGCGGCGAGCCGGCCCAUGGUAGGGGUAGUGCUACUGUUAGCGUGCUACUGUUAGCGUGCAGAGAUUCCACAUAUUAACUCCUGAAGAUUAACGUGUAUUUAGUGAUUUUGUUCGUAGCAGUUUUAGCUUCUCGCUGCUUCAUCCAGGAGCUUCUUUCCUGAAGACUCACUGCCUCUACUUCCUGUACGGCUUUACUCCACGAAGAAGAAGAAAAAACCAAAACAAACGAACCUGAAGGUGUGACCCUGCCUGCUUAAUGAACCUGCUUUUACUCUCUUCUGCUCUGCCUGGUGUUUGUAGCAGCUGCUGCUCUGAGGACAGGCAGCCGGGUCGGGCCAAACCCAUCCCGGCGCCUUGCAGCUUUAAUUUAGCAUCUCAUACAACCCCCCCACCCCUAAAAAAAAAGAACAGAAAAUAAUCUUAAUGUCAGACAGAAGCUGGAGAUCUUCCUGUUUGUUAUAAAAAAAGUGAAAUGAAUUUGCAGGAAAAGCGUUUUGAAAAGCUUCACCGUCAGAAAGUUGAUCAGAUUCUGGUGUUUCAGCUGGAAAACUGUUCUGUGGUUCAUCUUUGGCGACACCUGGUGGUCAGAGACGAUCCCUGCGUCUCUCCUGAUUGGAUUAAAAUCGGUCGCUCAGUCAGAUUUUAGCGAACAGAACGGUUCUGGGUUCAGGCAGGUCGGUCCAAACGGGAUCUAAGCAGGCUGCAGGUAUUUGUUUAAAAUCAUGUCUUGUAUUAAACCUAUCAAAGUUUUUGUGAAUGUUCAUUUAUGAUGGAAUAAACUGCAGAUCUUUGUUUUAGAAAAUAAAUGGAUUGAUUACUGAUGCUUUUAUCUCUGUAGGGUUUUCCUGCUCUGCAGUCGAUCUUCUUUUUAUCCAUUCUGACGGUUCUUUCUUUCACCUUCAGAUCAAAUAGAAGCAGAAAAGUUUGCUUGUGAUCCUUCAUAAUGAUCAGUUUGUUUCUGCUGUUUUUAAAGGCAGAAGCUCAGACCAGCAGAGGUUAGAUCUAGCUUUGGUUCUGUACUUUCGCCGGCCAAUCAGGACGCUGUGCGGCUGUAACAGGGCGGGAGCCACAGACGCCAUGUUUGGAUCAGAACCCUCCUCUGUCCAGAUGUUUUCUCACCUUUAGAGGCGUGUCUAUUUUCUGUGCUCGUGCUUUCCAUGUGGCAUUUAGAAGCCGUGUCUGGGGAAAUAAAGGACAAGUUAAUUCUGACGGAACCAAAAGUCACGUGUGGUCUGUUCUAGGCUCUGGUUCUGACUGUGAUCUGUUGAGGUUUUGCUCUUUUAGAUCCAGCUGUGACUUCCUGUGUUUCUCUGUAGACAGAUUUGAUGGAAUAACCUUUUGAAUAAAUGUAAUAAACUCUGUUCUCCUUCA